CCAUUUUCCCCCUUCUUGGCUCCAAGACAAGAGAGAGAGAAGAGGGACAGGGGGGAGAUUAUUUGCGCUUUGCAUGCCAUACAUUCAUCGUCUAGAUUAUAGGAUCGCGAGCGCCUCUUCUCUCGGAUCGCCACGCGACGCGAUCGUCAAUCGGAUCGAGGCGCCGGGCGCGGCAGCUCUGGAAUGCGGUUCGAUUGAGGCGGUUUGUGCAAUCCUUUACCUAAUUCUCCGCGCUGCCUGCGCCCUUUUCUCCUCCCCCCGCGGAUCGCCAGCGGCUGCUUCUCUAGAGCGCUCUCUUGAAUCCGAGGCCACGAGCGGCAAUCCUGCGCUCAGCCGAGGUUUUUGAGGUUUUGUCGGUGCUUUUUCAGGAAAGAUGGAAUCCUCGCAAGCAUUUCCGCCCGACAGCCCGGUCAUUGCCGGGAAAUCUUGCUUCAACUCACACAAGGUCGCGUCCAGGGCGUCAUCCACGGAAUCGUUGCAGAGGACGGCCGAGUUUAAGCAAGAGAUGAGAGAGAACUCGCCACCGGACACCAAGGAGGAGGAGAAGCCCGGCUUCCUUACAGCUUUAUGGAGAAAGUUCCGCAGAAAAGACCAGGACGGGCUCGGGACUUACGCUGGUGUGCUCAUCCCGACUUGUGAAAAUAUGUGGGGAGUUUUGAUUUUCUUGAGGUUCUUCUACAUCGUUGGGAAUGCUGGAGUAUGGCAAUCCUUCUUGGUGGCCAUCAUCUCCUUCCUCUGCGCGCUGUUGACAACCAUGUCGUUGAGUGCUGUCGCUACAAAUGGUCCUAUAGAAGAAGGUGGCACAUACUAUCUGAUAUCGAGAGCGCUGGGUCCUAAGUUUGGAGGCGCAGUUGGAUGCCUGUACUACAUCGGAGUAAUGCUUCUUGCAGUUCUCGAAGCACUCGGUGCCGUGGAGAUGUUGGAAUUUACCUUCUCAGCAUUUCGCUUUCCAUCUGCAAAUCGGAUCAUUGGUCUGAUCAUACUCUUUGCUCUUGGACUACUGGUCUAUUUUGGGAUCAAAUUUGUUUCCAAGCUAGGCAUUGCGUUUUUCCUUGUUGUGCUUUAUACCAUGUUGUCGUAUUACCUUGGUUUGUUUACGGCGCCUAAUGGAAAUGUACCUCCCAGCUUAACUGGCCUUUCGUGGAAAACAUUCAAAAGUAACUGGGGUCCAGGAUAUGAACCUGGUGUUUCAUUUUCAGUCGUUUUAUCGAUUUUCUUUCCAUGCUUCACUGGAAUUCUCAGUGGUGCAGAUAGAGCAAAAAAUCUCUGGCAGCCGGAGAGAUCCAUUCCGUCUGGAACUCUUGGAGCGAUCGUGAUCAGCUUUAUAAUCUACACAUCGUAUCUGGGUUUGUGGGCUGCUGUUGGAACCCGAAAGUACUUACUCGGGCAGGAUGUUGGACGCGUGCAUUCUGGAGAGGGAAGGUUGCAGGCGAUGAAAGACGUCGCCUUUCCCUUGCCAAUAUUGACGCAGCUGGGUAUUAUCAUUGCCUCGCUAGCACAAGCUUUGCAAUGCUUAAUCACCUCGCCUCGUCUACUCCAGGCCAUCGCUGGAGACCGGAUCAUUCCUUUCCUGAAUCGGCUAUCUUCUACCACAGAAAAUGGCGAACCCCGAAGGGCGCUGAUCUUUACUACUAUACUGUGUAUGAUGGCUGCUAUGAUCGGAAGUUUGGACAAGAUUGCCCCACUAGUUUCGAUAUGUUUUCUUACUUGUUACGCGGCACUGAACCUCUCGUGUUUCAUACUGUCGAUCAUGCAAGCACCAAGCUGGAGACCGAAAUGGAAACACUACCACUGGUUCUUCGCUCUUCUAGGAUUUUUCCUGUGCUCCGCAAUGAACUUUUUUAUAGUCUGGUAUUGGGCUUUAGCUGCCAUGGUGGUUGUGGGGAUUAUUUACGGGUACAUAGACUACCGCCAGGUUGAGGUUGACUGGGGAACUGGAUUAGGAGGAUUAAGAUGGCAAUUGGCGGUCCAGAGCAUUUUGUCUGUCGGUCGCGAGGCUCGGUACACGGUCAAUUGGAGACCGCAGCUUUUAUGCCUUUCUAAACCACGAUCUUCGUGGUCCGCUGAUGCUCAUGCUGGGCACGAACUUUUAUCCUUCGCAUCUCAGCUGAAAAAGGGUAAAGGUUUAUGCGUCGUUAGUGUCGUUCUUGAAGGAAAACUUGAGGAUAUGAUGCCACAAAUAACAGCAGAAAGCGUAGAGCUUGAGAAUUGUAUGCAAGCUGCUCAAGUUACUGGCUUUUCUCGCGUUUUUGUCGCGCCGUCUUACCGCGAGGGGAAAACUUACGCGAUUCAAUCAUCUGGUUUGGGAUCGUUAGAACCAAAUACAUUGCUCCUGGGAUGGCCAAAAAACUGGCGAAACGGAGAAGAGAAAAACAGUGCUGAGGUGCUCUUGGAAACUUUGGGAGAAUGCAGAGCUGUAGAUAAGGCAGUCGUGCUCUGUAUGCAUUUGGAUGUGUUCCCUAGCAACGGAAGCACGCAGGAGGGGAACAUUGACGUUUGGUGGAUUGUCCACGAUGGUGGCCUUCUACUGAUGCUGGCCCAUUUGAUAAACCAGCAUAAGGUCUGGCGGAAAUGUAAAUUGCGAGUACACACUGUUGCGGAAAGACUUGACAACUCAGAGGAGGUCAAGAACAAUCUGCGCAAGCUUUUGGAUAAGGUUCGCAUUGUAGCUGAUGUGGAAGUUCUCGAGCUCGAGGACGCGGAUUUGGCUCCUUAUACAUUUGACAACACGAUACGCAUGGAGGAGGCACUGGCGUAUGCAACUGAAGUUGCCCAGUUUCGGAAACGGGCCGAGAGGGAGACCAAGCCCGGGAAAGGUGGGAACUACAAGGCCCUGCAGAAGUUUUUCAAGAGGGCCUUCCCUGGCGAGCUAAGUUUGCUGCGUGGCGCCUCACCAAUCAGCCGGCGUCCUCGAUGGGCUCAGCGCUCAUCCAAAGCACACUCCGUAGAGGGUCAAGCGUCGCCGGAGUCUGUGCAUGACGAUGAGCCAGAGAGCUCGACAGCCAACCAGCAAGUUGCGACAGAGGAGAAGGCGGAGAGUUUCUCCAAAGAAGAGCACGACAAUCACAAUGCUGCUGCUGGGGGUGAUGACGAACAGGAAGAGAGCAAGUCGGACUUGGAGAUCGUAGUGGAAGGGGUAGCUUCCGAGUUCGCACAGGAGAAGGCAAGACGAAACAUCUUCAGGGCCAAGAGCGCGGGACAGUUGCCUCCAAUCAGGGAAGGAAAGAUGUUCCGCACUGCAAGCGAAGGCCAGCUCUUCCACGGCUCGCCGCUGCUCCUGGGGAGCACUCCCGACAUCAACGUGGUGCCGAUGAAGAGAACCUGGCAUACUUUCAGCCAGAGCUACUCGGCCAAGAAGCUAAACGAGAUUAUCGUGGAGCAAUCCAAGUCAGCGCAGCUCGUCUUGCUCAAUCUCCCGGAUCACUACGAGGGAAUGGAGCCGUGGAGGUAUAUGGAGUAUUGCGAGGAGCUCACGCAGGGACUGCAAAGGGUGGUGCUUGUGAGGGGAACAGGGACCGAGCUCUGGAGCGGAUGAAAGAAAGACUUUGCGGAUUCUAUACAUACAUAAAUGGAUCAAGCGAGAUAGUCUUAUGAUGGAGCGGUAUAUCUUGUUAGAAAAUUCACGUGUAUCACGUGUGUGUGUGUGUGUGUGUGUGUGUGUGCGUGUGUGUAUACAAGAACGCUUGGAUCGAUUUUUCCU